CACAAUCACGCCACGCGACGCCACACCAUUCACUGCACUUUCACUCUCUCCAGUCUCCACCAUUGCUUCCUCAAGCUUCGAGGGAGAAGGAAAAAUCCGCCAUUUCACCUGCAACACAUAUCAACAAUCUAUCCGAAGUUAAAGAAAGCUUAACCUCUAUCCAGUUGUGACGAUGUCUGCAACUCUGCAAGGCUCUGCUUCUUCGACUCUCUUCGGCAGGACAAACUGCAACACCACAGCUUCUCUAAAACCUCCCAAAUCCAUCCCUUCCCGAUUCAGAACACGAGCUACCCGAGAGAAAACUGAACAGCUGAAAUCCCCACCUCCAGCUUCCUCCCCGGACGAAAUCACGCAGAAGUACGGCCUCGAAGCCGGCCUAUGGAAGAUAUUCACCUCCAAGGAUGAUGAGAAAACUGGAGAUGGCGGCGAGCAAGAGAAAUCCAAGGGAGACCAAGCUAAAGAACUGCUUACCAAAUACGGCGGAGCUUACUUGGCCACAUCGAUAACCCUCUCCAUCAUCUCCUUCGCCCUCUGCUACGCUCUCGUCAAUUCCGGCGUCGACGUUCAAGCUCUGCUGCAGAAGGUUGGGAUUUCUACAGAUGCCACCGGGGAGAAAGUUGGGACCUUUGCCUUGGCUUAUGCUGCACACAAAGCUGCAUCUCCGAUCAGGUUCCCUCCCACCGUGGCGCUUACUCCGAUCGUCGCUGGCUGGAUUGGGAAGAAGCCUGGCCAAAAAGAGCAGUAGAAAAGUAGAACACAACAAAAUCUCAUGUAACUGUUUUUUUCUCGUUAGGAACCCAAAAAUGGAGACAGCUGAGCUAGCUCCUUCUGUUUGGAAAAAUACGUACAUAAUGCUCUAUAUGGAGAUACAUUUUUCAUGAUCCGGAAGCUGUUCUACAGAUCGUAUCUUACACCUAGUAGCUCUUGUAUCUAUGUAUCUUUACAUGAUUCUGAGAUUUUAUCUGAACAGACAAUGGGGGGGAAGUACAAAAUGCGGCCUACGGCUCAAGGAAUGUACACAAAAGGGGAAAUGAGCCGUCUUCUUAUUAGCUAACUAGACAUGAAUGAAUUCACAGACAAUUGUUGCUUCCUUCCGCUGUACAUCGAACUCAGGCUGCUUCCACUUGCGCGUUCUGCAGUAGUUCCUUCUCUUUACAGUGAUGUGAUAUCUAGGAGAGAGUGACAUGGUUUCACGGUGGAGUGGUGUUUGAAGCAGAAGGUGGCGGUUUUUUGGUUGGAUUGGAAGUUGGUGGUUCUGUGGUUGGAUCGGAAGGUGGAGGAGUUUGAGUGUUUGGUGGUAUGCUGCUGCUGCUGCUGGUAUUUGAAAUGCCAUGGUCAUGACGGAGUCCAUCAAGGUUGUCCCAGUCAAGCCCGACGGAUACGAUCAGUUCGCCACAUGUCUGUGAGGCUAUAUUCGGCGUCCGACAAAAACCAGUAAUCUGCAUCACG